UGGACCAGAGACCGCGGACACGGUACAGGGGAUGGACCAGAGACCGCGGACACGGUACAGGGGAUGGACCAGAGACCGCGGACACGGUACAGGGGAUGGACCAGAGACCGCGGACACGGUACAGGGGAUGGACCAGAGACCGCGGACACGGUACAGGGGAUGGACCAGAGACCGCGGACACGGUACAGGGGAUGGACCAGAGACCGCGGACACGGUACAGGGGAUGGACCAGAGACCGCGGACACGGUACAGGACCAGAUGGACCAGAGACCGCGGACACGGUACAGGGAUGACCAGAGACUGAGGACACGGUACAGGAGAUGACCAGAGACCGAGGACACGGUACAGGAGAUGACCAGAGACUGCGGACACGGUACAGGAGAUGACCAGAGACUGCGGACACGGUACAGGAGAUGACCAGAGACUGCGGACACGGUACAGGAGAUGACCAGAGACUGCGGACGCUGGACCGAGGAACAGGUAGGACUGAGGAGCACAGAAGAGCAGA